CAGCCCCCCGGGGGUCGCAUCAGUUUUCGUUUUUCAGUGCCGUUUUUUCUUGGUUUGCAGCUGGAUCAGCUGGAUGAACGCGCGACUGCGCAGCAGCAUUCACUCUUAUGGGAAAAUUCUGGUUUUUGUCAUUGUGUAUUUUCUCUGAAAACGCUGGAUUAAGCGCCUGAUUUUUUUACACACAAGUUUCUACAUGAAGUAUUUUGUUUUCUUCCUUAUGAAUUUUCAUGUUCUGCUGCUAGUAUAAAAACUCCGGAUAAGUUGGAUAAAAAGAUUUAAAAACAUCAAUUUGAAGCGAUUUUUUUUCCCCGUUUAAAACGCGGCAUUUAAGCAGCUGUGUAUGGACUCAAGCUGUGUGACUGUGGGUUUAUUUGGACUGACGAGCCCCCACUGCCAACGCCUUUUCCCCUCUCUCUCCGAUUCUCCGCUCGGCAACUUCAGCUCUCAUCGACCAAGCGCGUUUCCCGUCAACUAAUGAACUGCUGAGACCACGAUCCGACACUAAGAAGUCGUUUGAGAGAUAAAAAAAAAUGGGCUGCACGAUCAGCGCCGAGGACAAAGCUGCAGUGGAGAGGAGUAAAAUGAUUGAUAAAAACCUGCGGGAGGACAGAGAGAAAUCCUCCAGAGAAGUAAAACUGCUCCUGCUCGGAGCUGGGGAAUCUGGGAAAAGCACAAUAGUAAAGCAGAUGAAAAUCAUUCAUGAAGAUGGCUACUCAGAAGAGGAGUGCAAGCAGUACAAAGUGGUGGUGUAUAGUAACACCAUCCAGUCCAUCAUGGCCAUCAUCAGGGCGAUGGGCCGGUUAAAGAUAGAUUUUGGGGAUGCUGCACGGGCGGACGAUGCCCGCCAGCUGUUUGCCCUGGCGAGCUCGGCGGAGGAAGGAGUGUUGUCGGCAGAGCUAACCGGCGUUAUUCAGAGGCUGUGGAGCGAUGGGGGAGUUCAGGCCUGCUUCAAUCGAUCACGAGAGUAUCAGCUCAACGAUUCUGCUGCAUACUACCUGAAUGACUUGGACAGGAUCUGCCAGCCGAACUACGUCCCGACUCAGCAGGACGUGUUGCGUACACGUGUGAAGACCACUGGCAUUGUGGAAACUCACUUCACCUUCAAGGAUCUCUACUUCAAGAUGUUUGAUGUUGGGGGUCAGCGCUCGGAGAGAAAGAAGUGGAUCCAUUGUUUUGAGGGAGUCACUGCUAUUAUUUUCUGCGUAGCACUCAGUGACUACGACCUCGUCUUGGCUGAGGAUGAGGAGAUGAACCGGAUGCAUGAGAGCAUGAAGCUUUUUGACUCCAUCUGCAACAACAAGUGGUUCACGCUUACCUCCGUCAUCCUCUUCCUCAACAAGAAGGAUUUGUUUGAAGAGAAGAUCAGCAGGAGUCCACUCACUAUCUGCUACCCCGAGUACUCUGGGGGGCACUCAUAUGAAGAGGCAGCAGCUUAUAUCCAGUGCCAGUUUGAAGACUUAAAUAAACGAAAGGACACAAAGGAAAUCUACACCCACUUCACCUGUGCCACAGACACCAAGAAUGUGCAGUUUGUGUUCGAUGCUGUCACCGACGUCAUCAUCAAGAUCAACUUGACGGAGAUCGGGCUCUACUAAAGUCUCAGGCCCUGCAGGUGUCAGGAGAAAUAUCAGGACUUCUGGGCUGGUAUGUCUUGUCUGCACAGAGCGACUAGGAAAGUAGGUGUAAGGACUGAGCUAGUGGCCAUGCAGGACCUAAAAUUCCACAAUCUGGGGACUUGCUACUAUGAUCACUUUUGUCUUAAUAUAUUUUACGAUGCAGAGCAUACUGGGAGGAGGUGAUGAGUGGAGGAGGCUUGUGAAAUGAUCACUGUGAGUUCAUGCGGGGUCCUGUCAUACUUAAGAACUUUGAAUUGCCGAGGGACUGGCAGGUAAAGCCCCUCAGAGGUCUCUGAAACAUUUAUAGUUUGUCUGUCAUCUGCACAAAGACCAAAACAGACUGCCUGUUUAUCCAAUUCAUUACUGCAUUACACAGUUUCACAGCUAAAUUCUAUUCACUAUUUUUGUGCUGCAUCUUCUCUUAGCUGUAAAUCUGUAUCACACUGCUUUUAUUGCAUUUUUGCAUUUGCUAUAUUUUGUUUUAAUUUUGAGUUUCAAUUACAUAGUGUUUCCACUUUGGAAAAGUUUUGAAUGCCAUAACUUAUGUAUGGGAAAGAGUUUUGUGUGAGUAGUUUUCAUGUAUAUAAUGCAACAUUUUGGUCUGGGAUUAGUUAGAAAGAGUCUAAUGAGCUCAGUAGCAACAUCGCUGUCUACAUAGUUAUUUUAAUUUCAACUAGACCACAUUGUGUUGAAAAAUAUUUUUUAUACUUCAGACACAUCACUGCACAUCAAUUUGUGAAGGGAGAUCCUAAUUUUUCUGUUUUUUUUUUCUAUAGAAGUUUGAAUGAGGAGUAUGACUCAUUUUAUUCACUCACUGGAGGUCAAUGUAGAAUCUCCUUUACUUUUCAAGGUAAUACUUUAAUCCUGUGGAUAUCAGCAAAGAAAUAUAAACACUUGAAACAUAAAAAGUGGGAUAAUUUGAUAUGGCCAGAGGCUGUAUUUGUGUUCAUAGGGUGUAGCCCUCACAUAAUACUGAGAAAGUCUGUUGCUGAUAGGCUAUGAUAUGCUGGAGUACAGCACACUUUUGGUUCAACCCUGCACAGAGAAGUCCUGGUAGCCAACUUUCCCUGAAGGUUAAGAAUUUAAAUGUGUUGCUCACUUUAAGUUUCUGCAGUUGUAUUGGUUCAUUUUAACAUCAUUAAAUGAUGGCACAAAGCUUUCUGACCUGUGUUCUGUUUAAAAGACUAAACCCAUACCAAAAUCUUACUACAGGCAACACCAAUCAGAUGUUAUCCACUGUGAAGAUUUCUAAAGGCCUGGUCUCACCUAAAUAGUGCAGGGAAAGAGGUCAUGCAAAUUAGAAACAGAAUUUUUAGAUUUCAGCGACACAUCUGGAUGCUUGAGCCGAGGGCUGAGUGUGUUCCCGCUGCUGCACACACCAAUGCUCACCGAUAUGUCCCUAUUGUCUUACCUUGUAUGUUGUCUCUGUAAAGUAGUACGAAUUUAUUAACAUUAUUACAUUUAUUAACGACAUGAGCAAUGACAAAUUAAAUUCAAACUGUAAAUAAUCUACAAGUCAACAAGAGAACAUGCAGGGACAGACUUGUACCUUUGAGCCCAAAAUCCCAGUUUUUUGCAAAGUCAGUUUAAAGGAUGUAUUCUUCUGCUGCGACUUUCAUGAGAAGACCAAAACCAACAGCGUGUUAGUCUCUCACUACUUUCUGACUUCUCAAGCCUGUUUGUAGCACUCAGCCCCAAGCCCAUUAAUUCCUACUGAAAAAAUAAAAUUUUAA